AUGAAUUACAUACUAAUCGUAUGCCUACUCAGCGUAAGUGUAGACCAACUAUGGGCCGACACCUGCGAAAUGGGGGUAACGGAGCGCAAGGACUGCGGCGAUGUUAAGACCACACCGGACGGGUGUGUAGCCAAAGGGUGUUGUUGGAACGUAACUGCCGUUCCCAACGAACCCAACUGUUUCUACAAAAAGGGCGGUCCGGGACCCGACCCAACAUCGGGACCCACCUCUGGACCCGCUCCGGGAGGCAAACGGGUGUUCAUACAUAUGAUGCCCUGGUUUGAGACCAAGGCGUCGGGAGGUGGCACGUGGGGUAUCCACUGGACGAUGGCUAACCAGAACCCGGACAUCGUGUCGGGCGGUAAGCGACAGAUCGCCUCCUAUUACCACCCGCUGAUCGACGCGUACGCCUCGGGUGACACCCGUGUCAUCGACUGGCAGUUGGGACUCAUGAAGCUGUCGGGUGUGACCGGUAUUUUGGUCGACUGGCCGGGCACGUCAGGUAAAAAGGAUUACGCGGGUAAUGCCCGUAACGCCGACGCUAUAAUUUCCCGUACCGCCGCCCAUGGGCUGGAGUUUGCGGUUGUCUAUGAAGACAAUAACUUCAAGUUGGCCAACAUAACCGACCACAUCGGACAGGGCCGGAAGGACAUGCAGUUUGUCCACGACAAGGCUGCCAAACGUCCUCCUUUAGGAGGAUUGUCCUCCAAUCGGCCCCACAAAAAACAGUCCUCCCGAGGGUACUUCAGUCAACCAAAUCACGCCAAACUGAACGGCAAACCCCUGAUCAUGGACUUCGGCCCUCAGGUCCUCGAUGGGGACGAAUGGAACCAAAUAUUCUCGCCAUUCAACCCGAAACCGGAAUUCAUAAUCCUAUGGUACCAGACAAAGACAACUGCCGGUGCCUCGCAGGGAGACUUUGCGUGGCCGGCCCAGGACUUUAUC